CUGCCAUUAAUGUUUGUCGAUUGUUAUGUGGUGCCCUCUCUCUCAAUUUUAGAAAAGUAAGUCCCUUGGAUUUUGUUCGAGUCUGCAUCUCCAAACCUCCUUCUCCUUCCUCGGUAAGCAAUUUUUCUUGAGCUGUUUACUGUGCACUAGCGUCGAUGAUAAUUUACAGUUGCCCGUUCACUGCAAGAUCAACUUAUUGUUAGAACGCGAUUGACUUGUUUAUUAAGGGUUUAUUUUCUUUCUAGUUAAUAGCUUUACAUUGAUGAGUAAAUAGCUCACCACGCUUAGAGUUGUUUGUGGUUUUAUCAUUUUUGGGUAUAUGAUGGUUGCUUCAUUGCUCAAUGGAGCUGAGAAUCUCAAACUAAUUAGUGGCAUAACACCAUCUGGGCUACGCUAUGUAGGGUCAAAUUUCCAUAUUAGUUGUUUCCCCAAGAAAAAUUUAGUAUCCUACAGUUGGAAUACACAAGGCUCCAGAAUCUUAGCUGCCAGAUGCAGUAUGUCAUCCUCAAGGCCCGCUUCACAGCCGAGGUUUAUACAGCAUAAGAAAGAGGCAUUUUGGUUCUACAGGUUCUUGUCUAUUGUGUAUGAUCAUAUCAUAAACCCUGGUCACUGGACUGAAGAUAUGAGAGAUGAGGCACUUGAGCCAGCUGAACUUAACAAUAGGGGUUUGAUAGUAGUAGAUGUUGGUGGUGGCACUGGGUUUACUACUUUGGGUAUUGUUAAGCAUGUGGAUGCCAAGAAUGUCACAAUUCUUGAUCAGUCACCUCAUCAGCUUGCCAAGGCUAAGCAGAAGGAGCCCUUGAAGGAAUGCAAGAUAAUUGAAGGAGAUGCAGAGGAUCUUCCUUUCCCUACUGAUUAUGCACAUAGAUAUAUAUCUGCUGGGAGCAUUGAGUAUUGGCCGGAUCCACAGCGCGGCAUCAAGGAAGCAUACAGGGUACUGAAGAUAGGAGGAAAAGCCUGUAUUAUAGGUCCUGUGUAUCCAACCUUUUGGCUGUCUCGCUUUUUUGCUGAUAUGUGGAUGCUCUUCCCCAAGGAAGAGGAGUACAUUGAAUGGUUUAGAAAGGCUGGGUUUACGGAUAUUGAAUUGAAAAGAAUUGGCCCAAAAUGGUACCGUGGUGUUCGUCGACAUGGCUUGAUUAUGGGUUGCUCUGUAACUGGAGUUAAGCCAUAUUCUGGAGAUUCUCCCCUGAAGGAAAAUUCAUCAAGUAGAUAGCAUCCUCUUCUGGCAGACCAAAGGCAAUUAUGGCCAAGACGUUUUAUUUGUAAGGUCUGCUUACCAGAACGCUUUGAACAAUACAGAAGUGUUGUUCCAAACGCGUUGACACGAAAAGUGAAAUUGAAUUCACGGUUCUUUGCAGUGCAUGGGGACCCAAAUAAUCGCCUUUAGAUUAUUAUUGGCAAAAUCUCAUUAAUCUCAAAACAACAGAACCAUCUUGUGUUCCAAUUCGUUCAAUUUUCCGGCAAAUUAUCUGAAAAAUUGUAACUCAAACAUGGCGAAUAAUCCAAAUCCAAUAUAAGAUAUAGUUGGUCACCUUGGCAUUGGACUAUUCACCAGUAUAUUGGACCUAGUGAUUUUCAAAUGAUAAACUUUAACAAUGUGAGUAGUCCAACGCCAUGUUAGUUAAAAAGUUGCAUUGUUCAGAAUCCAAGUGCAAUGCCAAUCGUUGAGAAUCCAAGUCCUAAUUCUGUAGUAUCUACGUCCUAAUUCAUUUAUUUGUUUUUGUUU